GGCACUCGGCGGCCGCGGCGCGAUGGAGGCGCCGGCCGAAUUGCUGGCCGCUCUGCCCGCGCUGGCCACAGCGUUGGCACUGCUGCUUGCUUGGCUGCUGCUGCGGCGUGGGGCGGCCCCGGCCUCGGCCCCGGCCCCGGAACGCGCGUCCCCGACUGAGGCCCCCGGGGCUCCGGCACCGCCUGAGCCUCCCGAGCCCAGCGCCUCGGAGCCCUCACCCGCGGGGCCGCCCCAGCCCGAGCGCAUGGAGGAGCCGAGAGAGCCCGUGGCGGAGGAGCCGGCGGACGAGGGGAGACAGGAUGAAGAGCAGGACUCAGACAGUGAGACGGGGCUGCCCACUGAAGAACCUGAGGAAGAGGAUGGAGCGGCCUUCUCCUUUAAGUACAGCCCUGGGCAGCUGAGGGGAAGCCAGUACAAGAGGAUGAUGACCAAAGAAGAGCUGGAGGAGGAGCAGAGAGUGCAGAAAGAACAGCUGGCUGCCAUCUUCAAGCUCAUGAAAGACAACAAGGAGACGUUUGGCGAGAUGACUGACGGCGACAUGCAGGAGCAGCUCCGGCUCUAUGACAUGUAGGCCUGUGGCCCAGCAAGACGUGACCCAGGACAUCCAGACAACCCUGAGGGACUUGGUCCAGGCGGUUGUGAUCCCCAGACUUUUGAAGGACAGUCUCGUAAACACAGAUAGCGUGGUGUGUUGUAUAAGGAUUCGCCCGGCCCCUGCAAUUUUGAUGUCCUGUUUGAGGAAUCGGCAUUGUUUUCUUCAGAGGAGGAAACCCCUGACUCCUCUGGCUUCAGCUCGCUGGUGAGGCUCCAGCUAUGUCAUCUACAGACCUAGGGCAGGUGGUCCCGGGAAGCUGAUGAGGGCUUGGUGCUUGGACCCUGAGCACAUUGUGUAGACAGAAUAGGGGGUGCUAUAGGGGUGAUGGGUGUUACCUAGUAACCCUAUACUCUUCAUUCUGCCCUAGGGGUAUUUCUGGAGGUAUCUGGGGUGGCAGCAGAUAGUCUGAUUGAAAGGCUCAGCUGUUCCCCUGGGAUGGAACAGUGGGGUCAGCAGUAGCUGCCACUGCCAACGCUCACCUCCAGGACAGUCAUGACUUGAACUAGUUUGGCACAAGCUGGACACUGUAGGCACAAAAAAUAAAACACACAACAGGACCUGGGGUAGAACACUUGGUUAGCAAGUUCAAAGCCCCUGAGUUCCACCCCCUCCUCCCCCCACCUACCACCCCAGAAUGACAGCGUGAUCCGUGCCUUUGGUGAGACUACAAGCCCUUUAGAAAAUGAGAAAGAACCAGAGAGCAUCCAGGGAAAUGCUCCAGUGUCCCAGAAUAAUGCCUGCGUCGCAUUAAUAAUAGACUGCUCCAUGAUGAUGGGAAUGAGUGAGCCACAGUAGCCCCAUCAUGCCCACCAAUCCCACUUCUUGUCACUUAGCCGGAAAGUUCAUAGCCUGGGCAAACCGAAUCUAGGGUAUGCUGAGGACAGGGAGCGGGAAAGCUCUUAAGACCGACUUUUAUUUGCUAAAAUAAAACUAAAUCAAUAUAAAGAUAUAGCUCAAACUAUGGGGAGCAGAAUUAAUAUUUUAAAGAUUUAUGUUAGCCAGUUAUGGUGGCACACACUUUUAAUCCCAGUCU